AAAAAUUUCGGGAUAAAGCUCCGGCUGUGUCUGUGCCUGUGUGGGUGUGCAGUUAGUGGAAUGCAGUAAUCAACAAUAAAUGUCAGUGAAGCAAGGGAAUGCGAAAAGUGUGUCAACUCGCUGAAAACGGCGCUGAGCGCUCCUGCUGGCCAUAGCAACCGAUAUUCCGCUUCCGAUUCCGAUUCCCUUUCUGCCGAAGAGGUGCAAAUUACGAAACCGCAAUUGAUUUUCGGAGCGUCGGAUGGAAUAGGGCUUAGGUCAGAGCUCCCAUCGACAAGAUGUUGACCCUGUAUUACGUGAGCGCCACCGUCCUGCAGUCCUGGCGCAUCCAGAAGGCUUGUUCAAAGAUCGCCGAGCACCUGGCGCAGCCCUCAAGCAUAGCCUUCUAUGCCCUCCAGGCUGGGAGCGACGAUGGCUUCGAUCCCGCGCUGGCCAGCUCUGAGCUUUGCGGCAACCGCAACGCGGCCAAGGUCACCGACAUCCUGUGGCUGUACGGCAACCAACGAGGUUGUUGCCUACGUCCCCUGCAGACGCUCCACAUCACGCCCUGGAUUAGCUUUCCGGCCGCUCCCAGCUUGCUGCCCUUCGCGUAUGCUGCCGACACGUUGACCCCAGUGAGCACACCGACCGAUUCGGACACUCCGCUGAAGCAGCGGGUGUCGCUAGCCAAAGAGGGCGAGCGUAGAAUGCAGCUGCUUUUGGAGGCGCAGGUAGAACCACUGCACCGACCGGGCUUGCAGGACACCACAGCCGUCCGGCUGGAAGAUUACGGUAAGCUAAUUGCAUGGAAAAUAGACUCCCACCUGGCGGUGCUCAUCGAGACCGAUGUAGAGCACUUCACACAACUGUUGAUAACGACAUUUUUGCGAAAUAAUUUAUGCAUUAACGAUCAGCUGCCACUGAUGCGGAUUGAGUCGGUGCAGCGGGAAGGGGAUCCGCAGCCCUUCGAGUUGUUGGCCAAGCACCUCAAGCGACAGUCCCGGACAACUUCGGAACUGGACAAGGAGGGCUGGAAAAAGCACCUGGAGGAUUUGCGAGCAGUCGGUGUACUUGCCCACCAGGCUACAGAGUUCGAAUGUCAACGUAAUCGCUCCGAGGGAAAGUCAAAAUCAGAUCUUCUAGCGCUGGAUCAUCGUCAGUCUUCUGAGCCCGUUGUCAAGGCGGUGGCCGUGGUGGAACCUACUAAUAAGGCUUCUCUGUCGCCGGCAAGGGUCGCAACAAGUUCGCCUAAAACCGAGGGAAAGGUCACCCCAACAAAACAUGAUGUUAAAUCUUCUCCUACGAAAAGCGAGGCCAAGACAACUCCCGCUAAGAGCGAGAUCAAAACAACACCUGAUAAAAGCAAGAGCUUGCCCACCAAAGAAGAUUCCAAAUCUACUCCUAGUAAAGAGUCGAAGCCGAGCGAAUUGGAGAAGCUAGCGGCUGCUCAGGCAGCGCAACUGCAGAAGGCAGAGAAAGUAGAAAUCACUCCUAAAAAGGCUGUUCCCUUGGCAACGUCAAGUACACCUAGUAAAGGCAUUGAACCUGUCAAAUCUUCAGCAGCUUCUGAGCCCGUGAAAGCCACCAAAACGUUUGAGGUAGCAAAGCCUUUGAAUUCGCCACCAGCAGCUGGAGCUACACCGUCAUCACGACCCGUGUUACGUCGCAAUAAAGACAGCCUGCAGGAAAGUAAGCCUCUCAAUGUUUUGGUCUACUCCGACAGUGCCAGUGCCCGGGAGUCCACACUGGCCACUUUGCAGCAGCUGCUGGAACGAAAUGUGUAUACUAUCUAUCCGCUUAUGCCACAGCAGGCCGCUCAGAAGCACUGGACGGAGCACACUGCACUGUUGGUAGUCUGCGGCUCGGUGGCACCAGGAAUUGGGCAGAUACUGGUGGACUACUUUCUGCAGGGCGGCAAAGUACUCAGCCUAUGCUCGGACAUAUUGCACUUUAUCCUGCCAAAUUACCGCACGGCGGAGGUGCGUGAGCACGAAUUGGUUCAGUUCUCCUACGACAAGUGGCAUAGGGUCAAGAUGAUGCACCACAUCUUCUGCUACCAGCCUUCGCCCGUGAAGAAGCACUUCUCUACCGACAGCGAGGAGUCGACCAAAUCACAUUCUCGCAAACCAGCUCUAGUAUGUCCAAGGUCUAUGGAACUGAAGGAUCUGGCCGGUAACAUCCACAAACUGGACGUCCAGGUGCUGGGCACCGAGGAGACCUGGAACACGCCCAGCUUGAUGCUGGCCCAUAGCCUGCACAGCGGCGGCAAGGCGGUCUUCUCACAGGUUCAUUUGGAAACCAGUCCCAGUGAGUUUGAGUCCGAUGAAACCAAGUACUCCAUCCUGAAGCAAAACGAACGCACUCGCCUCGAGAUCUUUGCGGAUCUCUUGAACAAAUACUUGGAUGUGCUGGUUCAGGGAGGUGAGGGCAUUGAUCAGUCUAAACCAGGAGUGGUCUAUCAACACGCCUAUUUUCUGGGACGCCAUGAGUCGAAGUUCGAGCUCCUAGAGAAGUUGCGCCUGCGUUGCAGUGGAAGCGAUAAUGUCAUAGCAACUCCCAAGCUGACACUCAAAUUCUGUAGCAAGGAUGACAAGCCACCAGUGGCCAACAACAAUGUCCUACCGAUUCUUAUACAUUCCUGUCCGGACGAUUUUUCCACCGUCGACUACUUCGAUCAUCUGAAAACAGAGCACAUUGGACGCCUGGUUAUUUAUGCACCGGUAGUCAGCAGCUCUAUGCAUGUCAUUAACCAUCUGGAGCUCAUUAAUGGCCUGGCUGUGCUUCCCCUGCAACAGACAGCAGGAGUUGGCCGAAGUAAUAAUCAGUGGCUUAGUCCCUUGGGUUGUGCAAUGUUUUCCCUGCAACUUCACCUGGCCAUGGAUUCACCCCUGGGAUCUCGGCUGCCUCUUUUGCAGCAUCUAAUUGGGGCAGCAAUUGUCAAUUCCUUGCGUGGCCAUGAUCAAUAUGGGGUACUGGAUAUAUCCAUCAAGUGGCCCAACGACAUUUAUGCAAAUGGAAAUAAAAAAAUCGGUGGCCUCGUCAUUAAUACCACCCUACAAGGCUCACAGGCAAUCGUAAACAUCGGCAGCGGAAUCAAUUUGAACAAUUCAAAGCCAACGGUUUGCAUUAACGAUUUGAUCCGUGAACAUAAUGCCCUUACUCAGAAAAACAAGCUACCUGAGCUGAAAUAUGAGAUAUUUAUUGCCAGGAUUUUUAAUGAAAUUGAAAGACUUUUGGGAGAAGUACAAAACGGAGAUUUUGAUAGCUUUUAUGCCUUGUACUACUCUCUCUGGCUUCACAGUGGUCAAUCCGUCAAGAUUUGCCUUCAAAAUGAACAGGAAAGAGAGGCGGAAAUUGUGGGAAUCGAUGAGUUCGGCUUCUUAAAGGUUAAAUUACCCACUGGAACCAUUGAAACGGUGCAGCCCGAUGGCAAUAGCUUUGAUAUGUUAAAAGGAUUGAUAGUACCCAAGUACCAUUAGUUAAUUACCAAAACUCAUUAAAUUUCCCGAACCUACAUAUUUAAUCCAGCUAUUAGCGACAUGUAUUUUUAGGCGCAUUUAGGUAAAUUUAUAAAACAAAUUUAUUACGUACUUACUACUACAUAUAUGAUGUUUCUCCCAAAGUGGCUUAACCGAAUUUAUUCUUGCUUAAAAUGUAAUCAAUUACUGGAAAAACUAAUAUAAAUUGUUUCACUAAUUUGA